AUGCAAUCCUCCCCAGGAAUGUUGACCAAGUUCGAGUCCAAGUCCUCGAGAGCUAAAGGCAUUGCCUUUCACCCUAAGAGACCAUGGAUCCUCGUUUCACUACACUCUUCGACUAUCCAGCUCUGGGAUUAUCGAAUGGGAACCCUAAUUGAUCGUUUUGAAGAGCACGAUGGUCCCGUCCGUGGCGUCGAUUUCCACAAGACACAACCGCUCUUCGUCUCCGGCGGUGAUGACUACAAGAUCAAAGUUUGGUCUUACCAGACCAGGCGUUGCCUAUUCACCCUUAACGGCCAUCUCGAUUACGUCCGAACAGUCUUCUUCCAUCAUGAGCUUCCUUGGAUUUUGUCAGCAUCCGAUGACCAGACUAUUCGGAUAUGGAACUGGCAGAACCGGUCGCUGAUUUGUACCAUGACCGGCCACAACCAUUACGCAAUGUGCGCUCAAUUUCACCCCAAGGAAGACCUCGUCGUAUCUGCAUCGCUCGAUCAGUCCGUCCGCGUUUGGGAUAUUUCCGGCCUCCGAAAGAAGCACUCCGCUCCUACCUCGAUGUCUUUCGAAGACCAGAUGGCACGCGCCAACCAGAACCAGACCGACAUGUUCGGUAACACUGACGCUGUUGUCAAGUUUGUUCUCGAGGGCCACGACCGUGGUGUUAACUGGGUCGCUUUCCAUCCCACAAUGCCCCUCAUUGUUAGCGCUGGCGACGAUCGUCUCGUAAAGCUAUGGCGUAUGAGCGAGACCAAGGCCUGGGAAGUCGACACAUGCCGAGGACACUUUCAAAAUGCGUCGGGAUGUCUUUUCCACCCCCACCAGGACCUCAUUUUGUCCGCUGGAGAGGACAAGACUAUUCGCGUCUGGGACUUGAACAAGCGAACCGCUGUCCAGUCUUUCAAGCGAGAGAACGACCGCUUCUGGGUUAUUGCAGCCCAUCCCGAGAUCAAUCUUUUUGCUGCUGGUCACGAUAACGGUGUUAUGGUCUUCAAGCUGGAGCGAGAACGCCCUGCUUCUGCUGUGCACCAGAACCUUCUCUUCUACGUCACUAAGGAGAAGCACGUCAGGUCUUAUGAUUUCCAGAAGAACAUCGAGAGCCCUACACUUCUCUCGCUCAAGAAGCUUGGCAGUGCCUGGGUCGCACCCCGAACUUUGUCCUUCAACCCUGCGGAACGAUCGAUUUUGGUUACGUCCCCAGCUGAUGGAGGAUCUUACGAAUUGGUUAACCUGCCCAAGGAUGGUUCUGGUGCGAUCGAACCCGCCGAGUCCAAGCGAGGUGCUGGAAGCUCUGCCAUUUUUGUUGCACGUAACAGAUUUGCCGUUCUCAACACCGCCAAUCAGACCAUCGAUAUCAAGGAUCUCUCCAACAACACUACCCGAUCCUUCAAGCCCCCCACCGGCACUACCGACAUCUACUUUGGAGGUACCGGCAACCUGUUGAUCAUCACCCCCACCGCUGUUCAUCUUUACGAUAUUCAGCAGAAGAAGAGCACUGCCGAGUUAGCUGUGAACGGUGUGAAGUAUGUCGUCUGGUCUAAUGAUGGACUUUACGCCGCUCUGCUGAGCAAGCACAAUGUUACUAUUGUGUCCAAGACUCUUGAGCAGGUCAGCACUCUCCACGAGACUAUUCGUAUCAAGAGCGCUACUUGGGAUGAUGCAGGCGUUUUGCUGUACUCUACUCUCAACCAUGUCAAGUACACUCUUCUGAACGGCGAUAACGGUAUCGUCCGUACCCUUGAUCAGACCGUCUACUUGGUCAAGGUCAAGGGCCGCAAUGUGUACUGCCUUGAUAGAGCUGCGAAGCCCCGCAUCCUCCAGAUUGAUCCUACAGAAUACCGAUUCAAGCUGGCUCUGGUCAAGCGCAACUAUGAGGAAAUGCUUCACAUUAUUCGAAACUCCAGUCUUGUUGGCCAAUCCAUUAUUUCCUAUCUGCAGAAGAAGGGCUACCCCGAAAUCGCCCUCCAAUUUGUCCAAGACCCCACCACUCGUUUCGACCUUGCUGUUGAGUGCGGUAACCUUGAUGUCGCUGUUGAGAUGGCGAAGGAACUUGACAAGCCCAAGUUCUGGACCCGUCUUGGUACGGAAGCACUGGCACAUGGUAACCAUCAGGUUGUUGAGAUGUGUUACCAAAAGCUCAAGCAGUUUGAUAAGCUGUCUUUCCUAUACCUUGCCACUGGUGACCGUGCGAAGCUUGCCCGUAUGGCCAAGAUUGCAGAGCAUCGUGGUGACUUCACCUCACGAUUCCAGAAUGCCGUUUACCUUGGAGAGGUCGAGGAUCGUAUUCAAAUGUUUAAGGAAAUUGACCUUUACCCCCUUGCCUACAUGACUGCCAAGUCUCAUGGUCUGGAGGAGGAAUGCCAAUCAAUCUUGGAGGCCACUGGCGUCGCCGAGGAGGAUCUUACUCUGCCUGCUCUGGGAAGUCCCUUGUCCACCACUGCGCCUAUCGUUCCCACGUUCAAGGCCUCUUGGCCUACCAAAGCUACCUCACAGUCCUUCUUCGAGAAGGCUCUUCUUGGCCAGGUCGAAGGUCUAUCGUUGGAAGACGAGCCCGCUGCUGCCAACACGGGCUUCGAGGACGCCAUGGAGAUUGACUCAGCUGCCAAGCGUAACGGUACCCUGAUUGACGAUGAUGACGAGGAUGUUGCCGGCUGGGACAUGGGAGAUGACGAUAUCCCCGAGGCUGACAGCGACUUUGUCAACGUUGAGAGUGUUGAUGCAGGCGGUGCUGCAAGCAGCGAGGCCGAUAUGUGGGCACGAAACUCGCCAUUGGCCGUCGACCAUGUUGCUGGAGGCUCCUUCGAAACUGCUAUGCAGCUUCUUAACCGUCAGGUCGGGGCUGUUGAUUUCGCACCCCUUAAAUCACGUUUCUUGGAAAUCUACUCGGCUUCCAAGACUUUCCUCCCUGCUUCUGAGGGGCUACCCCCCCUGGUAAACUAUGUGCGCAGGACUCUAGAGGAGACUGACCCCAGAAAGGUCCUGCCCAUCAUCCCUCGGGAUCUGGAGCAUCUUGCCUCCAACGACCUUCAAGCAGGUUACGAUUCCAUGAAGACCAAUAAACUGGAGGCUGGUAUUGGCAUCUUCAAGGGCAUCCUUCACUCCAUUCUUGUCAAUGCUGUUACAAGCGAAGAUGAGGUUUCUGAGGCUAAGAAACUCAUUACCUCGGCCAGCGAGUACGCUGUUGCCAUGAGUAUUGAGCUAUCGAGAAGACAACUCGGCUCCCCCGAAGUUGUGGCCCAGGACCCAGAGAAGCUUCAGAGAAGCUUGGAACUGUCGGCCUACUUUACCAUCCCCAAGAUCGAGGUGCCCCACCGGCAGCUUGCUCUGCUGAGUGCCAUGCAAUUGGCCAUUCGAAACAAGAACUACAAUUCCGCCUUGAGCUUUGCCAAUCGCAUUAUCGCCAACGGAGGUGCCACCAAGAUUGUAGAAAACGCCAAAAAGACUAAGGCCCAAUGCGAGCGCAACCCUAACGAUGCUAUUGAGAUUGAGUUCGACCAGUUCGCCGAGUUUGAUGUCUGCGCUGCUAGCCAUACACCUAUCUACAGUGGUACUGCUUAUGAAGAGUGUGCCUUUGAUGGCUCCAAGUACCACACCAAAUACAAAGGCACUGUGUGCCGCGUGUGCGAAGUGUGUGAGAUUGGCAAGCACGGAAGCGGCUUGAAGCUGUUCGCCUAA